AUGGACUUUUCUUAUUGCCUCACAAAGGACAUUGAGCUUCCUGUUUCAAUACGAAUUGCAAGCUUGGAAGGCACGCGGGAUCGCCGGCAAUGGAUCAAGGACGACUCUCGACCUCACAUUCAUGACGAGGAGCACACCGACUUUUAUGUCACUGUACAGCUUUUUGGCGACAACAAGCCGUUGACGGUUCCUGUGCGUACGUGCUACAAGGCGUUUAAAGCCCACUGCAGCUGGAAUGAAUGGUUGACACUACCUAUCAAAUAUUGCGAGUUGCCACCUUCAGCACAAUGCGCUAUCACCGUUUGGGAUACAACGGGACCACGACAAGCUAUACCCGUAGGCGGAACAACAUUGCAGCUCUUUGGCAAAUACUAUACUCUCCGAAAGGGUAAACACAAGCUGCAUUUGUGGCCUGGUGUAGAAUCGGAUGGCAGAGUCAAUACCAAGACACCAAGCAAAGUCAAGAUGGAUGAUGAUAUGGAUAAGCUGGAAAAGCUGGUCAAACGAUAUGAUUGUGGCGAUAUUCGUCCAGUAGAGUGGUUGGAUAACAUGGCGUUUAGAUACAUUGAAAAGGCUCACACGAAAGCGGCUCAAAAGUCAACCGAUAUGGCUUUAUACAUUGAUCUUCCCAAAUUCGAUUUCCCGGUGGUUUUUGGAGAGAUGGAAUACACAUUACCUAAUCCAAGCGAUUCAUUGGCAAAUCCUCAACAACCAGCCUCACAAUCCAAUGCAAAUAUGAUGAAUCAAUCGCUUCAUAGCGAUGUAGCGGAUCAACAUCGACUUUCCAAUGCACACCCAACCGAUUCUCCUCGUUCAUACGCACUCGUACUCGAUCUAGACAUCAUUCGUGACAAUCCGGUGGAAGCAAAGCAUCGUCGUCUUGUUCGCAGCCAUCGAAAUGGACCACUUGAUCGUGAUUUGAAACCCAAUCCAAAGAUUCGAGACGAAUUAAAUAGUAUCAUGUCUUACCCACCAACCCAAACGCUGACCACGGAGGAAAAGGAUCUUGUUUGGAAAUUCCGUUAUUACUUGACAAGGGAUAAGAGGGCCUUAACCAAGUUCUUGAAAUGCGUGGUGUGGACGGAUGCAACGGAAGUGAGGCAAGCUGUGGAUAUCUUGUCUUUAUGGGUGGACAUCGACGUGGAUGAUGCUUUGGAGUUGCUUGGCAAAGAAUUCGGCAACCGGGCUGUAAGAUCUUAUGCUGUCAAUCAGUUGAGAAAAGCGGAUGAUGAUGAUCUGCUACUUUACUUGUUGCAGCUUGUGCAAGCAUUGAAAUUCGAACAUCUCGUUGAGAAAGGAUCAGGGUCAUACGAGUCGUCGUUGCUUCAGUUCUUGAUUGAUCGUGCUACUCGCAAUCCCGUUUUGGGGAAUUACUUUCAUUGGUAUCUUAUGGUCGAGUGCGAAGACAAGAUUGUCGGCAGGAUGUACGCAAAAGUCACCUAUCAUUACUUUACUGCAAUCUUGGAGGUUCCCUAUGGUCAUAAUCGACGUGAUACCCUACGACAGCAGGGUGAGCUUAUCCAAACAUUAUCCAAGCUAUCACAACAAAUACGGGCAAUGAAGGAACCACGAGCUAAGAAGAUUGAAAAGUUACGUGCCAUCUUGGGGGACCCCAAAGGAAUGUUGUCAAAUCUGCCAGGUCUUCCAUUACCACUAGACCCCAAUGUACGUGUCCGGAGCAUUCUUCCAGAAAAAUCGAGCAUCUUCAAUAGCAACCUUCAACCUCUUCGGUUGACCUUUAUAUGCGAUGAUGGUUUAGAAUACCCAGUUAUAUUCAAGACCGGAGACGAUUUACGACAAGAUCAGCUGGUCAUCCAGAUUAUUACACUGAUGGACAAGCUAUUGCGCAAAGAGAAUUUGGAUCUUCGAUUGACGCCCUACAAGGUGCUUGCUACUGGCCCAGAGCAUGGUCUCAUGCAAUUCAUCCCAUCCAUGUCCCUCGCAGCUGUGUUGAACGAGCAUCAAAACAAUGUCAUUGACUUUUUCAAGAAACAUCACCCAGAUCCUGGUCCAGAUGGCAUUUAUGGUGUGGAUGCUCAAGUGAUGGAAACAUACAUUCGCAGUUGUGCUGGCUAUUGUGUCAUCACCUAUUUACUCGGUGUAGGAGAUCGCCAUCUCGAUAAUUUGCUACUCUCUCCAGAAGGCUACCUCUUCCAUGUCGAUUUUGGUUUUAUCCUUGGACGUGAUCCAAAACCUUUCCCGCCACCUAUGAAACUUUGCAAAGAGAUGAUUGAAGCUAUGGGCGGUGCCAACUCGCGCCACUAUGACAAGUUUAGGCAAUACUGCUAUACAGCUUUUACGACAUUACGACGCAAUGCCAACUUGAUUCUCAACCUGUUUGCACUCAUGGUGGAUGCCAACAUCCCUGAUAUCAAGAUCGAACCCGAUAAAGCUGUCAACAAGGUGCAAGAAAAGUUUAGGUUGGAUCUCUCUGAAGAGGCGGCUAUUGCUUAUUUCCAGAGCUUGAUUUCAGAAAGCGUGAAUGCUCUAUUCCCACAAAUCAUGGAGACCGUACACAAAUGGGCACAAUACUGGCGUAGCUAG